AAACCUUACAAGAAUUGGCGUGCUUGACAUUUCACACACUCUAGAUUCAUUUUCCAAGUCAUAAUAAUAACAAAAAAGCAAUAUGGCUUGAGUGCCAACAUGAAUGCUGCUUUUUCUCCUGCCGAUUAACCAUUGAAUGAAAAACACACAUUAAUGCAAUUUGCAACAUCAAAGGGGCCAUUCGGUUUCCAAGAGCAAAUCUCAGGAGAGCUGGGGAAAGAAAGGAAGAAAAGAAACAAGGAAGAACAGUUUUCUAAAAACAAAAAAAAAUUGGGGAAAAAAAAAGUCAAGGGGCUUCCUGGCCCUGUGUGGUCCCCCAUCAUCAACACGAGCCUAUGAGCUGUCUGGGGCCCAGGCUUGCAACACACCCUGAGUUUAAAAAGCAGGGGCUGGAGGUUUUGUGGAGACACUCCUUUCCAGCGUCGAGGUGUAGUGAAGUCGCUCCUUUUCUCUGUGGCUCGGGAUGUGUUUGGUUUAUUGCCGGGCCCCCGGCGUGCUGCUCCUUUUGGCCCACCUCCUCCUGAGCACCAGCUGCAGUGUAGAGCCCGUGGAUGAAUGGGAGAAAGAACCUGCGUAUUGGAACGAUCAGGCCAGGAGGACAUUGCAGGCUGCCCUUACACUGCCACUACGAGUGCACCGCGCAAAAAACAUCAUCCUCUUCCUUGGUGAUGGGAUGGGUGUGUCAACGGUUUCAGCCGCCCGUAUACUGCGAGGUCAGAUGGAAGGGCAGUCGGGGGAGGAGACUGUUUUGGCCAUGGAUACAUUUCCAUAUCUCGCCCUGUCAAAGACUUAUAGUGUUGACAAGCAAGUGGCAGACAGUGCCAGCACAGCUACUGCAUACCACUGUGGUGUGAAGGCUAAUGCCAAGACAGUGGGUUUGAGUGCCAAAGCCGUGGCCUAUGAGUGCAACACAACUUUUGGCAAUGAGGUUUUCUCAGUGUUACAUCGUGCCAAAACACAAGGAAAGUCUGUCGGCAUUGUGACCACCACCAGAGUUCAGCACGCUUCCCCUGCUGCUGCCUACGCCCACUCUGUCAGCCGCAGUUGGUACAGUGAUGCAGACGUGCCCUCCGCCGCCCUCCGACAGGGCUGCACAGACAUCGCCACGCAGCUGGUGACCAACACUGACAUUGAUGUAAUUCUUGGCGGUGGCCGUAUGUACAUGACACCCAAGGGUACGCCUGAUCCAGAAUACCCCUCUUCAUCCUCUCGCAAAGGGGAUCGCAAAGACAAAAAGAACCUCAUUGACGUUUGGCUAAAGGCUUGUAAGGGAAGGAAUGCCCAGUAUGUUUGGAACAAAGAGCAACUUAAUGCAGUGAAUGUUAAAACAACAGACUGCCUGAUGGGUCUGUUUGAACCCAAAGAUAUGAGAUUUGAAGUGUUUAGGAAUCGUACCCGUGACCCCUCUAUUGUGGACAUGACAGAGAAAGCCAUUCAGAUCCUCAGCAAGAAUCCUAAAGGGUUUUUUCUCUUUGUGGAAGGAGGUAGAAUAGACCAUGGACACCAUGAUGGAGUUGCCAAGCUUGCUCUGACUGAAACCAUCAUGUUUGACCGGGCAAUUCAGAAAGCGUCUGAGCUGACCAGUGAAUCGGACACUCUCACUGUUGUCACUGCAGAUCAUUCCCAUGUCUUCACAUUUGGUGGAAACACCCCCCGAGGAAACCCUAUUUUUGGUCUGGCACCCAAGAAGGCUGAGGAUAGUCUACCAUUCACUAGUAUCUUGUAUGCUAAUGGACCAGGAUACUUUCAUGUGAACGGAACAAGAGGAAACGUUUCAGCGGUGGAUUAUUUUGAUGAAGAGUACAUGCAACAAGCUGCCGUUCCUUUAGAAUCAGAGACACAUGGAGGGGAAGAUGUGGCUAUCUACGCCAAAGGCCCAAUGGCUCACCUCUUUCAUGGAGUCAAGGAACAGAAUUACGUGGCCCACGUCAUGGCUUAUGCAGCAUGCCUGGAGCCCUACACUAACUGUCCACUGCAUCUUCAUGACUCCGGUGGAUGUAAAAACACUCUUUCAGGGCUUCUUAUCUCACUAACCGGCAUGUUUUGGCUUAUCACAAGAUGACAGACUGAGUGAUUGAGGCCCCAGGACUCUUUGGGGAUUUUUGGAGAUUUAUAACCCAAAUAGUUUAUAUUGAAGUUUGGUGCUCUCCAGAUGUGCAAUGCUGUGUAUAUAAAUGUAAAGAUUGUUUUGUUUUCUUUCUUUCUUUUUACAGGAGAUUUAUAUCCAGAAAUUUUUUGUAUAUAUUGCACAAUGGAAAACUCUUUUGCACUGUGAUUAUAAAUUUUAAAUGUGAGACCAAUAAACUUUGUAAAAGAAAACAUUAGUCAUAU